ACACGUUACCUGUAUAAAUACAGCAACCUUCAAAAUGCGCAUUUAAACACAGUUCACAGUCGCACCAGUGCAACAUUAAAAAAAUGGAGUUCUAUUUUCUCGAUUUCGACGAAACCGUCAUAAUUUUGUCGAUGUCGCUACUACUAACGUUGUUUUUUUACGGAAAACAAAUCCAACCUUUUAAGUGUUUCGAAAGUGCGCACAGCGGAAUUGUCCCAAAAAGUGUGAAUUAUCAUUUCACCAGAAAAUGCAACUACGAGUGUGGGUUUUGCUUCCAUACGGCCAAAACGUCGUUUAUGUUGAAUUUGGAGACGGCGAAAUUGGGUUUACAAUUAUUAAAAAAUGCGGGAAUGGAAAAGAUUAAUUUCAGCGGCGGAGAGCCGUUCCUGCCUCAGCGAGGGCGCCAUUUGGGCGAAAUGGUAAAAUAUUGCAAAACCGUCCUAAACCUACCCUCGGUUUCGAUAGUGUCGAAUGGGUCCCUAAUUUCGGAAAAGUGGUUCCAAACUUAUGGACAGUUUGUGGACAUUAUGGCCGUAUCGUGCGACUCUUUCAACGAAGACACCAACAAGACGAUUGGCCGCUACCAGAGUAACAAAAACCACAUAGAGCAGCUGCUAAGAGUGCGAAAUUGGUGCCACGACUACAACGUUCUCUUCAAAUUGAACACCGUGGUCAACACUUAUAACAAAGACGAAGACAUGAAUGAAGAAAUACUGAAUAUAAAUCCGGUGAGGUGGAAGGUAUUUCAGUGCUUGCUUCUCGAGGGUGAGAACGCCGGCCCCGACGCCCUACGAAACGCAGAACGAUUUUACAUAGACGACGCCACUUUUGAAAAGUUUUUAGAACGGCACAAACACGUUGGAUGUUUGGUUCCAGAAUCCAACACCAAAAUGCAAAACAGCUAUCUGAUUCUCGACGAAUAUAUGAGGUUCCUGGACUGCACUGGCGGUUCCAAGGUUCCGUCAAAGUCAAUUCUGGAUAUAGGUGUGGAAAACGCCUUAUUGUUCUCUGGGUUUGACGAAGCCAUGUUCAAGAAGAGAGGGGGGUUUUAUAAAUGGUCCAAAGAAGCGGAAAAGUACAGCUGGUAGAGUAGUGUUGAUUUAAAAAUUGUUACUUAAGUUUUAUAUUGUAAUCUCAUUUUAUACUUAAAUUAAGUAUUUUUCGUAUUACGUGUACGUAAUAAUUUUAUAUACGUUACAAAUGAAUAAAUUUUGAAACUAGUUA